GCCACUGCCGUUUCCCCGGCGUGCGAGUCCGGCAGUUUCAGCUUCUCCUCUUGUCUGCCCUGCGGUAACUGCGGUCGUUCAGGUCCCGAGAUCCGCAGCGUCACAGGCUCGGCGACAUGUCGAUGCUGGCUGAGCGUCGGCGGAAGCAGAAGUGGGCUGUGGAUCCAAGAAACACUGCGUGGAGUAAUGAUGACUCCAAGUUUGGCCAGAGGAUGCUAGAGAAGAUGGGGUGGUCUAAAGGAAAGGGUUUGGGGGCUCAGGAGCAAGGAGCCACUGAUCAUAUUAAAGUUCAAGUCAAAAAUAACCACCUGGGACUAGGAGCUACUAUCAAUAACGAAGACAACUGGAUUGCUCAUCAAGAUGAUUUUAACCAGCUUCUGGCCCAGCUGAACACUUGCCAUGGGCAGGAAACAGCAGACUCCCCAGACAACAAGGAAAAGAAGUCUUUCAGUCUCGAAGAGAAGUCCAAAAUCUCCAAAAACCGUGUUCACUAUAUGAAAUUCACAAAAGGGAAGGAUCUCUCAUCUCGGAGCCAAACAGAUCUUGACUGCAUUUUUGGAAAAAGACAGAAGAGGACCCCUGAGGACCACCCCAGCCCGUCUGCCGCGGAGGAGAGCGACCCCUCCACCACGACCACCAGUGCCUUCACCAUCCGCGAGUACUUUGCCAGGCGCUUGGCGGAGCGGAAGAGCAAAGCGCAAGGCGUGGCUGCAGGGCCAGAGGCUCCAGAGACCCCAGUGGAGAGGAAAAGGGGAAAGCAAAGAAAGAAAGAGGCAAAAGAUAAAAAUGUGGAAAACGACGUCCAACCUAAGGCCGAGAAGAAGAGAAACCAAGUGGAAUGUGAGCUGGGGGACCCUCGCUGGGACGAGAAUCCUGGGGUUUCUGCUGGGGCUGGAGAGGGUCACGUGGGGCCACUCGACGACCAGGACUCGCCGCCAAAGCCCGGAAACAGGAAAGAAAAGCGAAAGGGACCGAAGCGAGUUGAGGCAGCAGUGGAUAGUAGGCUAGAUGAAGCACCAGUGAAAAAGAAGAAAAAGAAGAAAGGUUCCCAGUAAGUUCUCUGGAGCGGUGCCUCCCAGCUCCCCUGCUGUCAGGGCGCUGCCGGGACAGACUCCCCUGGCCGGGCGUCAGGCGGGUUCACCCAGGGAGCCGUGUGCGCGCCGCCUCCGACAUGCCUGGCCCCUGCCGUGUCUCGCCCACACCACGUUUUCCCAAAUCCUAUUCCCAGAACUUUUCAAUGUUCCAAAUCAUGGCUGUCACAGACAAAUAAAUUCCUUACUGGACUCAGUCCUUUGGCACAUUCAUUCACCUUCAUGUGAGCACAGCGUUAUAUGUACACACACGUGUGUGUCUCUUACAGUCUGUAUUUGCUCUUGGUUUCCUUCAGUAACAACGAACUGUGCUCACUUCUGAAGGACUCAGUCUAAUUAAAGGAUUAAAAGGCAUUCACAGAGUUCUUUUUGUUCUAUAGCCAGCCCCCGCAUUUUUGCCAAGUCGGUUUUAUAUGAUUACAUUCCCAAAUCAGAGAGUUGUUUUGGUCUGGUGUGGUGGUGAUGGGGAAACUGCUUUAAUGCUCUCUCUUCCACUGAGCAGUGACAGCCGUGUAUUUUGAGGUCCUCUUCCCCAAAGCCACAGCUUGGAAGCAGCAAGGUGACAGUGGACACAGUUUGACUUCCCAGCUCUCACAGGAGGCCUCUCGCGGCUCCUCAGCGGGAGUCUGUGGCCAGACACGCAUCCGGGUGGGCUCCCUGAGGACAGACCCCUAGAGAGGGCUCCUCUUCACCUCUGACCAUCAGGAGAUCCUCAG